GUGGCACCGAGAACACAGUUGCCCAUUCAGAUGCCCUGUCUCUGAGCCGUCCUGUCCGCGCCCAGCACAACGCAGUGUCGUGUGCACCCUCCACUCCUACAUACUGGAUAUACAGAAUGGCUGCUGGUUCUGGACCAUCUUUCCUGCGUUGGAUCCUUGUCCUCCUAACAGUCUCAGCCAGGUGUUCGGUGUCGGCGUUCAAGGUGAUGGAAGGUGCUACUGCGACAUUGUCCUGUCAAUAUUCAGUGGGCCGUUUGGGUUUGAGCGGUGUGUGUUGGGGCCGAGAAUGUGGCACGUUCUGGUGCAAUAACAUUCUCGUGCAGACAGACGAACAUGGGGUCAUCUCCAAGGUUUCGGACAGAUACAGAAUGACAGGUGAUGUCCUCGCGGGAGAAAUGGACCUUGGAAUUCUCGACGUCAAGCAGACGGACAGCGGGCCAUACUGUUGCAGAGUGGACAUAGACGGCAUUUUCAACGACAAAAAAGUAAUCCAAAACUUGAGGGUCAUGAAAGCUGCUCCAGUAACCAUUAUGUCAACAACCACAGAAGCUAACCCUGCCACAGACCACUGGAAAGCUGUUGAGUCGUCACACAUAGCCAUUCCAAGACAGAACACCAGUGUUUUGCAUUCUGUAACACUGGUGGAUGACCCUUUCCCCAGCCUCUCUCUCCAGAUCAACAUCCCGGUGCUCUCUCUCUCCCUCAGUCUACUCCUACUCAUAGUGGGGGCAUUGGUCAUACUGGGGUUCAAACAAGAGCUCUAAAGGCAGGCUGUUUGUCAGCCAAGGAGCUGCCCCACAUCAUCUAUGAGAUUCGCAUGAGGAGACCUGUGGAGGAGAACAUCUGUACUCUGGACAAGGGAGGAGGGACCUAUUCCCGAUAUGGUGCACUACUUUUGACCAGGACUCUGGUCAAAUGUAGUGCCACAUACAGUAUGUAGGAAACAGGGUGCCUUUUGGGACGCACCCACUGUGGCACACAGACAUCAAACUGGCUGUCCUCACUUCCCCCCCAUGUAAAAUGUUUUUAUUCACUUUUUCUACAUUGUUAUUGUACUGUGUGAUUUUUUUCUUCUUGAUACACAGUGUUGGAUUGUUUUUUACAAACUGUCUGAAUUUAGUCUCUUUCUAAUAAAACAUCAAGUAAACCCAACCAGUAAUUUUGUUGAUAAUUAACAUGGUGUUCAACGUUUGGAAUUUCUAGAGGCUAUACCCCCAAGAAAACAAAGAGACAAUUUUUUUCCUCUAGUGGAUUCUCUUUGACAACAAAGGCACAGGCAGAAUGGAUGUAGGGGGAAGGGAAUGGUGCUGCAUGCAAAAUUCUCCUGCCAAAUUAUUUUUCAUAGCCACGUAUUUUAAGUUGAAUCACUGGUCUCCUUUUAGGAGUUUUAUACAUUUAGGUCAGUUAGGAUCACCAGUUUAUUUUAAGAAUGUGAAAUGUCAGAACAUUUCCAAACGCCUGAA